CGGAAGGAAAAGCAGCCGCUUUGAAAGGGACUCUCUAGCAAGCGCCAUUCACUGACUUCCCUUCACUUUGCUCACUCUUUCACCUGUAUUGAAGCAUCUUUUUCACGAGUGACAGUAUACAAAACACACAGAGCCCAAGCUUGUAGGACGUCUUCCUUGCCUUCAUCAUGUCCACGACAUUUACCACCAGUGCGAUUGGCGAAGCGCUUACAGUCAAAGCUGAAGAUGGCUUUCCGCUCGCCGCUCAUAUUUUCCGGCCCCAGGACCCGAGCACCAUUCGAGCGAUCCUUGUAACCGCGAAUGCGACCGGUGUUCACGCACGGUUUUACCAUGACUUUAGCAGAUGGGCCGCACAGCACUGCGUCCUAGCUUUCACCUUUGAUUACCGCUACUCGGGCUCUUCAUUCCCUGAGCACACGCAGCGCAUCCUCACAGCUGCCAAGGCGAGAGGGGAAGCAGGUGAAGAUGAGUACAACCAGGCAUACGAUGCGGCUCUGCGCGAAUGUCCCGAAUCGGAAGAUCUGACACAGAGCUGGGGGAGGAAAGACCUCAAGGCUAUCGUGCUGCACGCCCGCGAAGAGUGCGCGAGACUGAUGCCUGGCGGGGUCGCGAGAGCGCGCCAGAUCGAAUUGACCAUUAUGGGACAUUCACUUGGUGGGCAUCUGCACGUCCUCCUCGAGCCCGAAUUUGUGGCGAAUGAAGCAUAUCCGUCGUCGGCGGUGUCUUCCAACCGCGCCAGCAGCAGUAGCACGCGUCGUGUCAACCGCUUCAUGACCGUAUGUUCGGGCAAUGCGCAUUGGCGCAAUCACCCGACCAGCCUAGCAGCACGCUUCGCAAUGGAGGAGCUUGUUGCACGGCCGCUGGUCGAGGAGAAGAUCUUCCGCUGCGUCAACAUUGGUCUCGGAUUCGACUUACCAUAUGGACCUGGCUCAGAGUGGCUCGAAUGGUAUUUCCACCCACUCUUCAGUCUUGCGCGUCCGGACAAUGAGUGCCGCGCCAGGGAGAACACACGAACAACACCGUUCAUGUACUUUGGCUUUGUUGAUGACGAGACUAUGGGGCCUGAGAUGAUGGAGCGAUACCUCACCACGCUCGAUUGCAGCACUUCUCGCGUCCAAUCGCUCCGAAUUAACCCGCGUGUGGAGCCAAACUGGCCAAGGUGCGCGCACGUAAAUGCCUUCCAGUCAGGCAACGGCACAGGCUUCACAGACUCGCAAGACGGCGAUAAGGCUACGCGCGGAGGCGAGGCGUAUAUGCCGAGCCACGGUGCUGCUGCCGAAGGUAAGGCGCGCGACCGAGGAGUCGCACAACAGCUCGCGGAGGUGACUCUCUCGCGGGAAAAGAGCAUUUGGCCCAUCUUCCUCGCGUGGAUCGUACAUGGAGAGACGAAGAAAGAGGUAGGGGAGUACCGAAUGUGGAGCAAGAGUGAUGAGAGGGACAGAGACGCGUUGAGGGAAGAGGAGAAAGUUGCGAGGGAGCAGGAAGCCAAUGAGGGUCAAAGAGGUUACUUAACUGGCUUCGAUGAAGGGGAGGAGGUCGAAAAAGAAGACGAAGGCCAAAGCCGGGAGGAGAACAGUGGAGGAGAUGUCGGGCCUACUCCAAAUGAUCAACAGCAGCAUCUACAUGAGCAGAUACCAAAACCACGUAUUUGAUGUAACC